AUGCUCUUAUUCAAUAUAAAGGUGCUGUUGCUCGGGUGCGCCGAGCUGAUCCGCAGCAGCAGCAGCAGCAGCGCAGUGAAGCGACAGAACUGGGCUGCUGUUGGAGACGCCGCGCUGCAGAAGGGUUUCUUUACUCUUGCUGCUGCUGCCUUCUGGGAGUGCGGGGACUAUCCGAGUUUGCUGCUGCUAUACAGCAGCAGCGGGGACGCGGAGCGUCUGCGUCAGCUGGCAGCAGCAGCAGCAGCAGCAAAGCAGCAGCAAGUAGCAUUCAUGUGUUACCUGCUGCUGCAGCAGACAGAGGAUUGCGUUGAGCUGCUGCUAGCAGCAGGAAGGGCCCCUGAAGCAGCUCUCUUCGCUUACACAUACUGCCCCUCUGCUGUUGAGCGAGCUGUGAAGGCUUGGAGAGAAACACGAACUGCUGCUGCUGCUGCUGCUGCUGCUGCUGCUGCUGCUGCUGCUAGUACACGCACUGACACCAAGCUGGGCGCCAAGGCAAACGCCGCACACUGCCGACCCCCUGAGGAGCUGCCAGCGUAUCCAUCAGACCGCAGCGAUGCAUUCCCCCACUGGGAGGAAGCCAAGCAGGUCAGCAAGCAGCAGCAGCAGCAGCAGCAGCAGCCGCAGCAGCAGCAGCAGCAACAGCAGCAGCAGCAGCAGCAACUGACGCAAGAAGCAGUUGUUGCUGACCAGGAGGCAGUCGCGUCUGCGGAGGCAGUGACGCGCGAGCUAUACAAGCGUAAGCUGCGGGCGUCUGCUUACAGCAAAGUGCAGCAGCUGCUGGAGGCCGAUGUCUUACAAACCAUACAAGAAGCGGGGCCAGACGCCCUCAAGGAUCUGCUGCUAAGCGACGCGCUGCCUCUUCCUGGAGGGGAGACUGAGAAGACAUCGUCGCAUCCAAACGGCGACGUUUUGGGUCAGUUUGCUGCCAACAACUCUCCGCAUGCAGCAAAAGCUGCUGCUGCUGCUGCUGCUGCUUCUCCUCUGAGCGCAGCAAACGCAUCGCCAUCAUCUGCUGACUGGAAGCAGCAGCUGCAGCAGCAGCAGCAGCAGCAGCAGCUGCAGCAGGAGCAGAAGCUGCAGCAGGAGCAGCAACUGCAGCAGGAGUCGGAGGUGUUCUCACCCCAAGAGCACGCCAGCUUUAUGAAGAAACAGCAGCAGCAGCAGCAGCAGCAGCAGUUCGCUGGAUCUAUUGCAGCAGCAGCAGCAGCAGCAGCAGCAACAGCAGCAACAGCAGCAGCAAACCCGUUCACACGGGCAGGGCUAGCGAAGGAGUUUAGUCCUAUGGGCAACCCAGUCAUCUGUGACGACGCACAGCAGCAGCAGCAGCAGCAGCAGCAGCAGCAACUGCAGCAGCAACUGCAGCAGCAGCAGCAGCAGCAGCAGGAGCGGCAGUACCUGGCGCAGCAGCUGCAGCAGCAGCAAGACUUCCUUGAGGGCGAAGCAAAGAGACUAGAUAGCGAUGGAUGGACUGACGCGGGCUUUGCUGCUGCUGCUGAUGCAGCAGCAGAAGGUGCUGCUGCUGCUGCUGCUGUUGCUGCUGCAGCAGAAGAAGCAGCAGAGAGUUUUUACCUGCCUUUUGCUGCUGCUGCUGCUGCUGCUGCUGCUGCUGCCAAGGAGGCACAGCAGCAGCAGCAGCAGCAGGAGCAGCAACAGCAGCAGCAGCAGGAAAAAUGA